AUUCUAUUUCACGAUGAAGGUUUGACUUUGCUUGUUGUUAACCGUGCACAUACACAUCGUGUUAGUGUGCGUAGGCCUCUGAGUGGUCAGUCACGAUCGCAACGCGGUCCGUGUCACUAGUGUUUUGGGUCCGCGCAAGAUGUCUACACAAAGUACUGUCAGCAAGGCAACUAAACACAGAAAAGUUGUUAAAAGUGAGGUAACAUUAAUUCAUUUUUUUUUUGUUUGUAUUUAAUGUAGUAGAGUUAGUUGACAGUACUAAUUUAGUUUGGUUUGAUUUUAGGGUCGAAGCAUAAUAGCUAGCGUUUACCAUUUCCUAAAAGAGGAGUAUGAAUUUACGAAAUCAGUUAUAGAGCCUAACUGUGAUCUAUCUCAUUUACGAAAUAUUACUCAGCGUACAGCUGAGGCAACAGGUGUUUCUCUUUCAACUGUCCAACGGAUCUUAAAAGAAAAGAAGGAAUUGCCAUCCACUUCCUCAAAGUUUACUUCUCCUAUGAAGAAAAGAAUAAAACGAGAUAACAAGAUAGACGUAGAUAAUUUCACAGCCGAUGUUAUACGAAGUACGGUACAAAAUUUUCAUGUCGUUCAUAAAGUGAUCCCAACGUUGGCGAACUUAAGAAGAGUUUUAAAUGAAAAGAUUGGCUUUGAAGGUUGUCUCGAAACGCUUCGACGGCUAUUACUCAAAUUAGGAUACAAGUGGCGCAAAACAGAAAAUAACCGAAAAGUUUUGACAGAACGUCAUGACAUACAGAUGUGGCGACUAAAAUAUUUAAAAAAGAUAUCUGAAUAUCGCUCUCAAGGACGACCUAUUGUCUACACUGAUGAAAGUUAUGUUCUUUCAACACACGUGCGCAACAACACCUGGGCACAAAAAAAAGAAAGCACGCCAUUUUUGAAAAAGUUAAGCACAGGUAGCAGAUUUAUAUUAGUGCACGCGGGAACAGAGAAUGGAUUUAUUGAAAAUGCGUCAUUGGUUUAUAAGGCUAAUUCUACAGUUGGCGAUUAUCAUUCGAAUAUGAGCUAUGAUAAUUAUAUAAAAUGGCUCAACGAAAAACUUUUACCAAAUUUACCGGAACGCUCUGUCAUUGUCUUAGACAAUGCUUCUUAUCAUAAUACACAGGCUGAAAAAAUGCCAACAUCGACAACAAAUAAAGCAGACAUGCAGCAAUGGCUCAGAGACAAGGGCAUAGCAUAUGAACAAUCUCUUCUUAAAUUGGAAUUAUAUGACAUAAUUAAAAAACACAAAGAUCAACACAUAAAAUACAAAAUCGAUGAUUUUAUCAAGAGCAAAGGUUUUGAUGUUCUACGCCUCCCUCCUUAUCACCCGGAAUUGAAUGCGAUUGAAAACAUUUGGGGAAUUGUGAAAAAUGAUAUCGCUUCAAAAAAUAUUGAACAAAAUAUGACUAACAUGGAAACACUAAUAAAUGAAAGCUUGAACAAAGUUACUAGCGAAACGUGGUGUAAAACCUGUACUCAUGUUAAAAAAAUAGAAAAAGAAUACUUGAAAUACUUUGACUUAGAUUUUGAGUUCGUGAUUGAUUUGCAAAAUGAUUCCGACGACAGUGAACCAGAAUUUGAAAAUUAUGUAUCUGACAGUGAUUAACAAUAUCGAAUUUUGUCAAUUUUUUUCAUUUCUUUACUGAAUAAAAAUGCAUAAAACCCUA